AAUAAUAAUAAAAAAAAACAACUGUAGAAGUACUACGGUUCCUCUAGAUUCUAGGGUUUCUCUUUCUUUCAACGAAAAAGGCCAGGGGAGGGGUACCUUUCGAACUUUUUCCCUCUCCGCUCCUUCUCUUCAAUUUCCCUGUAACUUUCUCUCCAAUUUUCACAAGUCUUUCCUCCUUACCAAACAGAUCUCCUGUUCAAAGCCUAUCCCCAACCCUCUUUUCCCUAGCAAAUCCCUAUUUCUUCAUUCCCCUCCCCGUUUCCCCUCUCUAAGAGUAUAACUUUGCCCCCUAACCCCAAUGCAGCUCCCUCAUUCUACCGAUGUCGUUGACACCCUACCGGAAAACCCGGACCCAAAACCCAACCAACAAAAGGAGGAAAACGACGACAAUGAAAAUGACACCAACAGCACCGCCGUCACCUCCGCUGUCGACGGCGGAGCUGACAGCAACAACAACCAUAGUAGUAGUGGUACGGUUGAAGACUCGGUUCUCGAUGUUUCCGGGAAAAGCGUGGAGUUUUCGAUAUUGGAAGAGUCGGGGGAGUCCGUGGACGGGCUUUAUUUAUACAAAAACGUGUUCAAUUUGAUUCCGAAAUCAGUCGGGGCGUUUAGUCGGUUAAGGAAUUUGAAGUUUUUUGGAAACGAAAUUAAUUUGUUUCCGGCAGAGGUUGGGGGUUUGGUAGGAUUAGAAUGUUUGCAGGUGAAGAUAUCGUUGCCGGGAUUUAAUGGAAUGGCUUUAAGAAAGUUAAAAGGGUUGAAAGAGCUGGAACUUAGUAGGGUUCCGCCUCGGCCUUCGGUUUUGACUCUGUUGAGUGAGAUUGCCGGGCUUAAGUGGUUGACCAAGCUUUCUGUUUGUUAUUUUUCCAUUAGAUACCUUCCUCCAGAAAUUGGAUGCUUAAAGAAUUUGGAAUAUCUGGACCUUUCAUUCAAUAAGAUAAAGAGUUUGCCAAUUGAAAUUAGUAAUUUGAAUGACUUGAUUUCAUUGAAAGUUGCCAAUAAUAAAUUGGUGGAACUACCCUCGGGCUUGUCUUCAUUACAAAGAUUGGAGAACUUGGACUUAUCAAAUAAUAGGUUGACGUCAUUGGGGUCUCUUGAACUUAGCCUCAUGCAUAAUCUUCAGACUUUGAAUCUUCAGUACAAUAAACUUAUAAGUUGUUCUCAAAUACCUUCUUGGGUACACUGCAAUUUGGAAGGAAAUGGCAAAGGCACAUCCAGUGAUGAUUUUACCAGUUCUUCGGUUGAAAUGGAUGUGUAUGAAACUGCUGCUCAGGAUAGUGAUGGAAGUGUUUCUUAUAAUGGCUCUCAUAAGACCUCAUCAGGUAUCUUAACUGUUGCAUUGUCAAACAGUAGAUGUUUUGCAACUCGGAGGUCAAGUAAACGAUGGAAGAGGAGACAUUAUUUGCAACAAAGAGCUCGACAAGAACGUCUAAACAACAGCAGGAAGUGGAAAGGUGAAGGACAUGCUGAAGUAUUGACAAUGAAGGCAGGUGGAGAUGUACCAGGCAACAAUGAUGUCCCUACCUCUGACACUUGUGCAGAAGCUGCAUCAGAAGUUGUGGGUGUAGAUGAUGACAAAACAUUAUCAUCAUCAGAAGCCAAAGAUGAAAAAUUGGGUAGUGUUAGAUAUGAGGAUGAUACACUUACUUUGGAGAAGGGGUUCUAUGUAAAAAGUAGUACAUCAGUUGGUCAUGAGUCAUUAAAUAAAGGGAGUGAAGAUAAAUGUUCUCAGCUUGAUGCAUCCUUAGACCCUGUAGGAGAAGGAGCUAUUGAGCAGGAUGAAGGUUCAUCCUCUGACAUAUGCAAGUCUAAUUCUAAGUCGAAAAGGCAUUCUGAUAGGGAUCUUAAUAAUCCUAAACCAUGCAAGUCUCGAAAACCAACAGAUUAUUGCUACAAUUUAUCACGAAAGUAUAGUACUAAUUCAUUUUGUGGGACAGAAGACCACCUACCAGACGGCUUUUAUGAUGCCGGACGUGAUCGGCCCUUCAUGCCAUUGAGUAGAUAUGAGCAGACUUUUCAUCUAGACUCUCGUGAAGUAAUUCUUGUUGACAGGGAAAGAGAUGAAGAGUUAGAUGCAAUUGCUCUCUCCGCUCAAGCUUUGGUAUUUCAUUUGAAGAACUUGAAUGGUUUAGCAAAAGAUGGAGAGCGGGUUCCAGUUGAUAACUUGCAGAUAGCAUCAUUGCUUGCUCUUUUUGUAUCGGAUCAUUUUGGAGGGAGUGAUAGAAGUGGUAUUGUAGAACGGACACGAAAAGCACUAUCUGGUUCUAACUAUAAGAAGCCUUUCAUUUGCACAUGUUCAACUGGAAAUGGUGACAGUGUUAGUGCAUCUAACAAGACCUUGGAUACUGUAGAAGAUAUUGUAUUCUCUGAGCUCUGUGAGAGAUCUUUACGGUCAAUAAAGUCCAGAAGGAACUCCAUUGUUGUUCCUAUAGGUACUCUUCAGUUCGGUGUCUGUAGACACAGAGCGCUGCUUAUGAAGUAUCUAUGUGAUCGGAUGGAACCUCCAGUUCCUUGUGAGCUUGUUAGGGGCUACUUGGAUUUCAUGCCACAUGCCUGGAAUAUCAUUCUUGUAAGGAGGGGUGAUUCAUGGGUUCGCAUGGUGGUUGAUGCUUGUCAUCCGCAUGAUAUACGAGAAGAGACGGAUCCUGAAUACUUUAGCAGAUACAUACCCCUCAGUCGAAAAAAAGCUUCUCUUAGAACGGAAAGCACUCCUGUCUUCAGUUGUUCGUUUCCUUCUAUGACCAUAAGUGAUGAAAUUGAAAGAGUGGCUUCUAGUUCUCUCAUUCGAUGCAAAUAUGGAUCAAUGGAGGCUGCAGCAAAGGUGCGCACUCUAGAAGUACUUGGUGCUUCACUUGAUGAGGUGAAAAAUUUUGAGUACAGUUGCCUGGGAGAAGUAAGAAUACUGGGUGCUUUGAAACACCCUUGCAUAGUAGAAAUGUAUGGCCAUCAAAUAUCUUCCAAGUGGGUUCCUAUAGGGGAUGGAAAGUCAGAACAUCGAAUCUUGCAGUCUGCAAUUUUGAUGGAGUACAUAAAAGGAGGAUCUUUGAAGACUCAUAUUGAGAAACUAGCUGAAGCUGGUGAGAAGCAUGUCCCUGUGGAUUUUGCAUUGUGUAUUGCACGAGAUAUUGCAUCUGCAUUGGUGGAGUUGCACUCAAAGCAUGUUAUUCAUCGUGACAUAAAAAGCGAAAACAUUCUGAUUGAUCUGGAUGAGAAGAGAGUUGAUGGAAGCCCUAUUGUGAAGCUCUGUGAUUUUGAUAGAGCAGUACCUCUUAGGUCUUUCCUGCAUACAUGUUGUAUUGCUCAUGUAGGGAUACAUCCUCCUAAUGUUUGUGUUGGAACACCUCGCUGGAUGGCUCCUGAGGUUCUGCGUGCAAUGCAUAAGCGAAAUCAGUAUGGACUGGAAGUGGACAUUUGGUCAUUUGGAUGCCUGCUUUAUGAAUUGUUGACUCUCCAAGUUCCUUAUUCUGGAUUAUCAGAGCUACUCAUUCAUGAACUUCUUCAGAUGGGCAAACGUCCAAGACUAACUGAAGAGCUGGAGGCGUUGGAUUCAUUGAGUGAGAGUGCAAUGACCCAAUCUGGGACAGAGCUUGAUGGAACAGAAGCUGAAGUAGAUACACUUAGAUUUCUUGUUGAUGUCUUCUGUCGAUGUACAGAGGAAAAUCCAACCGAUCGCCCAACAGCCAAAGAACUUUAUGAUAUUUUGCUUGAACACACAAAUGGUUUCAGGAAUUCGAGUUAGGAACAUGUAGGUUAGCCGAUAGUAAUAAUUGCUUCCCCAUCCCAAAUUAUUGUAGCCUGAUUAUGUUGUGUUAUUAUAUUUAACCCCUAUACCAUUGAGGACCAGAUACUUGGACGUCUUCAGGAAUUAAUUACCCUCACAAUUAGUUGCACUGACUAGGUUUAGCAGCCGGACUUAGUUUUGUUUUAGCAGUAGUGCAAGAAGUUAGAUAUGUCCAGCGGUUAUAAAUCUGUAACGGUAUUGAGAUGUGUAAAUUUUGUAGGUAGUUAAUUUGGGUUACCAGUAUUUGGUUAUCAAAUGUAUCUGGUCCACAAUGUAAGUAAAUCUGAGUUAUUUAUUAAAGCCCCCCCGAUUUUGAUUUUUA